UUGGCGAAAACGAGUUUGUCAGUCAUUAUCUGGCGUAUUAUCGGUUCACAAGGACUUUUCGAUUUCUUACAACUCGACACUCACUUGGAUUGUGGCGAGCCUGGUGGUUGUGUACUUUGACUGUGUUUGUGUGUUUCAUAACAUCAAAUUAAAUACCAAUUCGUUAAACAGUCUAGACAGACAGACGAUGAUGGCUUAGUGUGGCUCUAUUUUAUUGUGGUGCAAAUUAAAAGAUAAACCAAAGUUUAGAAUUAUUUCGCUCGAUUUCGAUUUAAUUAGAGCAGUUUUUUUUCUUCCAUCAAGUGUGAGACUGAUUUUAGUGAAAAUGGAGCAACUAGCACAUUUUGUGACCAAGUCAUUUGAAUAUAAUAAUAACCACAGUCGUGUGUUGGAUGUUCUGAAUCUUACGACGAAAUCGGGCAUUUUCGAUCAUUUGAAAUCAAACGAUUCAAUGGAUACACUAUCAAAUCCGGAUUCAGAUGAUAACGAUGCCGAUUCUAUCGAUAUUGAUAUUACUGACGUUUCGUCCAAUGAUGGCAACGAUAACGCGAAAAUACACAACGAAAAUGAUAAUAAUAACAUUAAUGUCAUCCGACGAACAUCGCCCAUUAAGAAAUCAAGCAAAGAAAAUCAGAAAUUGCUCACUCGGAAUUGGCUCAUAUCGGAUACACCGAAGAGGAAAUGUGACAACGACAAAAACAUCGAAGACGCUGAAUCGGAGGUAGCUUUGAAUUUGAUUUGUGUGGAUGAAUCAACGCGACAAACCAUCGACAUACCAAUUCGGCCGCGAUCUGUGAGGGAAUUUAAAAAUGAAGUGAAUAAAAAACACAAUCGUUCGAAUGAUGUGAUCAAAUUUGAUUUGGAAACGAAACAUAAAGUGCGUGUGGAUAGAACAGAUACAAAUUUGCGAUCAGACAAAGAAUCAAGGAUUCUGAAGCAUAAGCAACCGAAUGACGUUGACGAAAGAGUUAAAGACAAUAAUUUGAGCGUGUUAAAUGGUCCGAAAUCGCACGUUAUACCAACAAAGUCUUCAAAAGGAUCGAGUGAUACAAAACAUGAAGGUGUUUCGCAAUCAUCGCUGGCUGCAUCAAUUGCAAGUGCAAUUAUAAGUUCGAAUCAAAUUUCGAACGGUGGAAAUAGUUCCCAACUCUCAACGAAUAAUAACAGCACCAGCAAUAAUUCGCAUAACAGCAGUAGUUCGAAUAACAAUAGCAUUGUGAACAAUAAACAAAGGCGAUCCCGUACCAAUUUCACGUUAGAGCAGUUGAAUGAGCUUGAGCGUUUGUUCGAAGAGACGCACUACCCGGAUGCAUUUAUGCGAGAGGAAUUGAGCCAGCGCCUUGGACUAAGCGAAGCCCGAGUACAAGUGUGGUUCCAGAACCGCAGAGCCAAGUGCCGGAAGCAUGAAAAUCAAAUGCAUAAAGGAAUUUUGCUAUCGAGUAACAGUCCACCGGUAUCAACACCAUUGGAACCAUGUCGCGUUGCACCUUAUGUGAAUAUGCCAUCGAUGCGAGCCUCUAGCAUCACGUCGGCCACCACAACUCCGCAUUCCUAUUCAUCAGGUGCUGCGGUUGCGGCUGCAUUUUCUGCAUUCGAUCCGGCCUUACUGUCGGUGGCACAUCAAUAUGCGGCUGCAAUGAACGGAGGUAGUGGCUUGUUUUCCAUUCCACAAUACCCAUUGAAUUUAGCCGCUUUAGCUGCUGCACACAACAAAAAUUCCAGCAUCGCCGACCUACGGCUCAAAGCUAAAAAACAUGCUGAAGCACUUGGGCUUGGGCUCAAAGAAACCGCUUCGUAAAAUCAAACAUCAAACUAAUCGGUUGCGAGUUAUAGAGACAACAUCAGAAUAUGAUUAGUGUUCAUUUUAUGAGGUUUUUUUAGCGAUAAGUUUGGCUUUCUCGAUUUGAUCUCGAUUCCUUAUUGGUCUAUCUAUAUAUAUACUUUGUGCAUAAUAAAAACUUUCAAUAUC